CCAGGGCUGUACAGCAUGGCGCACACCAAAACCAGCAUACUGAGGGGCCUGCUCUUCUCCAGCCUCCUGCAGCUCACGCUGAGCCAUGCCGGAGUUUUCCUGGAAAAGGGGCAGGCAUUGUCACUGCUCAAGCGCCCACGACGUGCCAACAAGGGAUUUCUAGAAGAGAUGCUUAAAGGAAACCUGGAGCGAGAGUGCCUGGAGGAGACAUGCAAUUAUGAGGAGGCUUUUGAAGCCCUCGAAUCCGUCGAUCAGACGGACAUAUUUUGGUCAAAGUACCAAGUAUGUCAGGGCAUGAGAACGUCCAGGACAGCUCUGGAUGCUUGUCUAGAAGGUAACUGCUCUCUUGGACUGGGCCACAACUAUCGGGGAACAAUUAGCUACACCAAAUCAGGGAUUGAAUGUCAAGUGUGGACAAGCAAAUAUCCUCAUAUUCCUAAAUUUAAUGCCACCAUUUAUCCCAGCCUUACUGAGAACUACUGCAGGAACCCAGACAACUCAGCAGGACCAUGGUGCUACACCCGAGACCCAACGGUGGAACGGGAGGAGUGUCCCAUCCCAGUGUGUGGUGAAGAAAGGACAACAGUUCCAUUUACUCCAUAUGUCAAACCACCUGCCUCAGAGGAGCCUUGUGAACAAGAGAAAGGCAUGCUGUACACAGGGACCCUCUCAGUCACUAUCUCUGGAGCCCAGUGUCUGCCAUGGAACUCUGAAAAAGCCAAAGAAGUGCUCCACGGAAAAAACAUUGACCCAGAGGUGAAGCUGCUGGAGAAUUACUGUCGGAAUCCAGACGGAGAUGAUGAGGGUGUCUGGUGUGUCACAGAUAGACCACCCUACUUUGAAUAUUGUGAUCUGCACUACUGUGAUAGCUUGCUAGAGGAUGAGGAUGAACAGGCAACAGGAAUAUCAGGACGUUCUACUGCUCCUCAAGAGUUCAAAACCUUCUUUGAUGAGAAAACUUUUGGUUCAGGCGAAGCAGACUGUGGCACUCGUCCUUUAUUUGAGAAGAAAAAGGUAACAGACAAAAGUGAGAAGGAGCUGUUGGACUCCUACAUGGAAGCCAGAGUUGUCCAUGGAGAUGAUGCAGAAGAGGGCAGCUCCCCCUGGCAAGUGAUGCUCUACAAAAAGAUUCCUCAGGAGCUGCUGUGUGGUGCCAGCCUCAUCAGUGACAGCUGGAUCCUGACUGCUGCUCAUUGUAUUUAUUAUCCACCCUGGGACAAAAACUUAACUACAAAUGACAUCUUGGUGCGGAUUGGCAAGCACGUAAGGACAAAGUAUGAAAAGAAUAAAGAGAAGAUUGCUCUAUUGGAUAAAAUCAUUGUCCAUCCUAAGUACAACUGGAAGGAGAACAUGGACCGAGACAUUGCACUCAUGCACUUAAAGAGACCCAUCAUCUUUAGUGACUACAUCCAUCCUGUCUGCCUGCCUACCAAAGAGGUCGUGCAGAGGCUGAUGCUGGCAGGUUACAAAGGGCGAGUAACUGGCUGGGGAAACUUGAAAGAAACAUGGGCCACUACCCCUGGCAACUUGCCCAGAGUUCUGCAACAGCUUAAUCUGCCCAUUGUAGAGCAAAGUGUCUGCAAGGCAUCCACCAAAAUUAAAGUCACUGACAACAUGUUUUGUGCAGGUUACAGUCCUGACGACACAAAGAGAGGAGAUGCCUGUGAAGGGGACAGUGGGGGACCUUUUGUAAUGAAGAACCCAGACAACAGCCGUUGGUAUCAAGUGGGAAUAGUAUCAUGGGGAGAAGGCUGUGACCGAGAUGGCAAGUAUGGAUUUUACACCCACGUAUUCCGCCUGAAAAAGUGGAUACAAAAAACCAUUGCAAAAUAUGGACAAUAGAUGAAGCAUUUAUCUUGCUUGCUCAGUUUUGCUACAAUAUUCCACUUCUUAUAAGCAUAAGCACAGAAGAUCCUGAAGUUACACACUUAAAAAUUGACAAAGGAAAGUAUUAUCCCUUGAAAAUAAAAGCUCUCAAACCCAUCCU